AUGGCUGCCCUGCAGAAAUCUGUGAGCUCUUCCCUUGUGGGGACCUUGGCUGCCAGCUGCCUCCUUCUCAUUGCUUUGGCAGUGCAGGGCGGAGCAGCGGUGCCCAUCAAUGACCACUGUGGGCUCCACAAGUCCAGCUUCCAGGGGCCGUUCAUCAUCAACCGCACCUUCCUACUGGCUGAGGAGGCCAGCUUUGCAGAUAACAACACAGACGUCCGUCUCAUUGAUGACAGACUCUACCAAGGAGUCAGUAUGAAAGAGCGCUGCUAUGUGAUGAAGCAAGUGCUGAACUUCACCCUGGAAGAAGUGCUGCUCCCCAACUCAGAUAGAGCCCUCCCCUACCUUCAAGACGUGGUGUCCUUCCUGAAAGGUCUCAACAACAAUCUCAGACUCUGUCAUAUCAAGGGUGACGACCGGCAUAUCCAGAAGAAUGUGCAAAACCUGAAGGACACAGUGGAAAAGCUUGGAGAGAGCGGAGUGAUCAAAGUAAUUGGAGAACUGAAUUUGCUAUUUUUCUAUUUGAAAAAUGCCUGCGUCUGA